UUAAAACCUUUGCAAUAUCGAGACGUGUAGGAGACCAGUAUAUUUGGAUAUUCAGUGACGGAAGCGACCCAAAGAUAUUUCAGGGCAACUACGAUAGCCAAACGAUUGUUAGAAAUCUAUUCCAACCUCCAAUUACGACGAAUGAAGUGCGGAUACAUCCAGAAACGUUUAAAACGAAUCCAAUCAUGCGAGUAGAACUCUAUGAAUGCUACACAGAUCAUUGCGCUUCUCAGCCGUGCCUGAACAAUGGAACCUGUAGCCAAGGAAACGGCAGUUUUGUAUGCGACUGUGCUUCUGAGCUUUUCUAUGGGGCAAGAUGCGAAAAUGUCGCUGCUGUGUGUAAAUACCAUCCUUUGCUUAACUUCAGUCAAAUAACUUUCUCAUCAAGUAAAUAUGCGGUGGAAAACAUUUUAACAGGAGGUUGGGCACCAAAAAAUGAUGAUGGAGAUCCUUGGCUGCAGUUGGAGUUCCACCGUUUGGAGUUUGUUUACGCCAUUGAUACGAAAGGUUGGAAAAGUCAAUGGGUCCAAGCUUACGUGAAAAACUACAGUAUUUCAUAUGGUGAAACGCUAGCGGCAAUUGAGAAGUACAAAGACAAAGAUAACACUGAGAAGGAACAGUGUUAA